AUGUCCUUUGGGAGAGAUAUGGAGCUGGAACACUUUGAUGAGCGUGACAAAGCACAGCGGUACAGCCGAGGCUCACGGGUGAAUGGGCUCCCUAGCCCGACCCAUAGUGCCCAUUGCAGUUUCUAUCGAACCCGCACCCUACAAACCCUCAGCUCUGAGAAGAAAGCCAAAAAAGUCCGUUUCUAUCGCAAUGGGGACCGAUAUUUCAAAGGGAUUGUAUAUGCCAUAUCUCCUGAUCGCUUUAGAUCUUAUGAAGCUUUGCUGGCUGACCUGACCCGAACUUUGUCUGAUAAUGUCAAUCUGCCCCAAGGUGUGAGAACCAUCUACACUAUUGAUGGAGCAAAGAAGAUCACCACUUUAGACCAACUUGUGGAAGGAGAGAGCUAUGUGUGUGGUUCAAUAGAGCCUUUUAAGAAGCUGGAGUACACAAAGAAUGUAAAUCCUAAUUGGUCUGUAAAUGUUAAGACCACCUCAACUUCCCGUUCAGUGCCCUCUCUAGCCACGGCCAAAGGAAGCCCUGCAGAUUCAAAGGAGAACAAGGAUUUCAUUAGACCUAAACUGGUCACCAUCAUCAGGAGCGGUGUGAAGCCACGUAAAGCAGUUCGGAUUCUGCUUAACAAAAAAACAGCACAUUCAUUUGAGCAGGUUCUCACUGAUAUUACGGAUGCCAUCAAACUUGAUUCAGGAGUAGUUAAGCGUCUUUACACACUGGAUGGGAAACAGGUGGUGUGCCUUCAGGAUUUUUUUGGUGAUGAUGACAUAUUUAUUGCAUGUGGCCCUGAAAAAUUUCGUUACCAAGAUGACUUCUUGCUAGAUGAAAGUGAAUGUCGUGUAGUGAAAUCUACUUCGUAUACCAAAAUAGCUUCAACACCACGUCGGAGCACCACCAAGAGCCCAGGUCCAUCUCGACGCAGCAAAUCUCCAGCCUCCACCAGCUCAGUUAAUGGAACGCCUGGAAGUCAGCUUUCUACUCCCCGUUCUGGGAAGUCUCCAAGCCCUUCUCCUACUAGCCCAGGAAGUUUGCGGAAACAGAGGAGCUCUCAGCACAGUGGUUCCUCUACCUCACUAGCCUCUACCAAAGUCUGCAGUUCGAUGGAUGAAACCGAUGGGCCUGGUGAAGAAGUGUUGGAUGAAGGCUUCCAGGUUCCAGCUUCAAUAGCAGAGAGGUAUAAAGUUGGUCGGACUAUAGGAGAUGGAAAUUUUGCCAUUGUAAAAGAGUGUAUAGAAAGGUCAACUGGUAGAGAAUAUGCCCUGAAAAUCAUUAAAAAAAGUAAAUGCAGAGGAAAGGAACACAUGAUUCAGAAUGAAGUUUCUAUUUUAAGGCGGGUCAAACAUCCCAACAUUGUUCUCCUGAUUGAGGAAAUGGAUAUGCCCACUGAGUUGUAUCUUGUCAUGGAGCUUGUAAAAGGAGGAGAUCUUUUUGAUGCUAUUACCUCCACAAAUAAGUAUACAGAGAGGGAUGCCAGUGGGAUGCUGUACAAUCUGGCCAGUGCCAUCAAAUACCUUCAUACCUUGAACAUUGUUCACAGGGAUAUCAAACCUGAAAAUCUGCUGGUCUAUGAGCACCAAGAUGGAAGCAAGUCGCUGAAACUAGGAGAUUUUGGUCUGGCCACAAUAGUAGAUGGACCUCUUUACACGGUCUGUGGAACCCCCACCUAUGUGGCUCCAGAAAUCAUUGCAGAAACUGGAUAUGGCCUGAAGGUGGACAUCUGGGCAGCUGGUGUGAUUACUUACAUCCUGCUGUGUGGUUUUCCUCCAUUCCGUGGAAGUGGAGAAGACCAGGAAGUUCUUUUUGAUCAGAUUUUGAUGGGACAAGUAGAGUUUCCAUCUCCAUAUUGGGAUAAUGUAUCUGACUCUGCAAAGGAACUAAUUACUAUGAUGCUUCAGGUAGAUGUAGAACAACGUUUUUCAGCUUUGCAAGUGCUUGAGCAUCCAUGGGUUAAUGAUGAUGGCCUUCCAGAAAAUGAGCAUCAGUUGUCAGUAGCUGGAAAGAUAAAAAAACAUUUCAACACAGGCCCUAAGCCCAACAGCACAGCAGCUGGAGUUUCCGUUAUAGCAACCACCGCUCUUGAUAAGGAGAGGCAGGUUUUCCGACGAAGACGCAACCCGGAUGUGAGGGGACGUUUUAAGCCACAGCCACCACCUCCUGAACUCAACUCUGAAUCAGAAGACUAUUCACCAAGUUCAUCUGAGACUGUUCGCUCACCCAAUUCACCCUUUUAAUACAUUACUUCUGUUGAAAGUCCUGGCUUAACCCUUUGAGAUUUUGACAACAAUUCUUGAAACCAUGUGCAAUUUUUCCAUUUGAUUUUUGUCUGUAUCAGUUCCUUGACAAAGAUGCCAGAAAGGAAUUUAAUGGUAUCUUUAUAACAAUAGUUUCCUAUAUGAUUGAGAUGGUCUUUGUUUUCUUUCUAGACUAGCCUUCUGCAGCCUGACAUCCACAGGUGUGGUGGGAGUGUCCUUCCAGAAUUUCCAAGCAUUCCCAUUUCACAUUUGAAGAGGACCAGAUUGGGGAAGCCUAGUCUAGAUUGUGAUUUGCUGCUAAUAUGAUCCUCAAAGGGUUAAGG